AUGCCAGCUAAAAAGCCUUACCUACUUAUUAGCUGGCCCCGACCUUCUUCCUAUAACCUACCUAAAAGGUCUUUCAUCAACCUCUGCUGCCACGCUUUAAUUAUCCAUCACGCUUCCGCACAGCACCGUCACGAUGUCUGCUAUCUGAAGAAGCCUGCAGCUGCCUAA